AUGCGGGUUGGCCUAGAUGAGUUUCAUAUCUACCAACCCUCAGAGCUCCAGCCUACGAUCAUUCUUUGUGUCUCUCUGCCAGUUUCGGACACAGUGGUUCAGUGCAACCGUUCAUCCUCCAAGCAAGCCACAAAAUCGUCACAGAUACACAAGAACCUUCCGGGGCGUCCUCCGAAUCCGGUUUUCCUGAAAGAACUUGGCUUCGGUUCUAAUGAGGACGCCGACCUGAUAUCUGAUGGACGCUGGAAAAUUCAGACAAUCAAGAAGAUUUUAAGGAGAUGGGCGCCAGGUUCAGGAGAUAUUCUAUCUGUUCCACAUUUUCUCGGUCUCCAGCAGGGUAUGGUGUACAAUUACCGAUUCAAGAACUGCCAUGAACGGAUAGAAGAGAUUGAAUCUCGAUAUCCAAUAUCAAAAAAAAUAUCCUGCAGAACCACCGCUAUCGAUUCGAUAGCAGCUGGAAUGGGUAAAACCAUAUGUUUUGGCCAUUGA